GGCGGCGGCGGCGGCAGCGGCGGCGAACAAAGAGGCGGCGGGCGCGGGCGGCCGACCGGAGCCGAGCGCAGCCGAGCCGGGCCGAGCCGGGCCGAGCCGGGCCGAGCCGGGCCGGGCCGGACCCAGGAGCGCGCGGGCGAUGCGGGAGGCCAGGCCGGGGUCGGCGGGCCCCUGAUCCCUGCGCCCCAGGCCAGCCAGGGAGCCCCGCGGCGGCCGCGCGCUCCAGCCGCCGGCCCGCCAUGGCCGGGGUCAGCUACGCGGCGCCCUGGUGGGUGAGCCUCCUGCACCGGCUGCCCCACUUCGACCUGCACUGGGAGACCACCAGCAGCCAGUUCCGGCCCGAGGACACCGACUACCAGCAGGCGCUGCUGCUGCUGGGGGCGGCCGCGCUGGCCUGCCUCGCCCUGGACCUCCUCUUCCUGCUCGUCUACUCCUUCUGGCUGUGCUGCCGGCGGCGCAAGAGCGAGGAGCACCUGGACGCCGACUGCUGCUGCACCGCCUGGUGCGUCAUCAUCGCCACUCUGGUCUGCAGCGCCGGUAUCGCCGUGGGGUUCUACGGCAACGGGGAGACCAGUGACGGCAUCCAUCGGGCCACCUACUCGCUCCGCCACGCCAACCGCACGGUGGCGGGGGUCCAGGACCGCGUGUGGGACACCGCAGCUGCCCUGAACCGCUCGGCGGAGCCCAGCUUGCAGAGCCUGGAACGGCAGCUGGCCGCCCGGCCAGAGCCCCUGCGGGCGGUCCAGCGGCUGCAGGGCCUGCUCGAAACGCUGCUGGGCUACACGGCUGCCAUCCCAUUUUGGAGGAACCCAGCCGUGUCUCUGGAGGCGCUGGCCGAGCAAGUGGACCUCUAUGACUGGUACAGGUGGCUUGGCUACUUGGGCCUGCUGCUGCUCGACGUGGCCAUCUGCCUCCUGGUACUGGUCGGCCUCAUCCGCAGCUCCAAGGGGAUCCUGGUCGGGGUCUGCCUGCUGGGGGUCCUGGCCCUGAUCAUCAGCUGGGGCGCACUGGGCUUGGAGCUGGCCGUGUCUGUGGGCUCCAGCGACUUCUGCGUGGACCCCGACACCUACGUGACCAGGAUGGUGGAGGAGCGCUCAGUGCUGAGCGGGGACAUCCUUCAGUACUACCUGGCCUGCUCGCCCCGCGCCGCCAACCCCUUCCAGCAGAAGCUGUCGGGCAGCCACAAGGCUCUGGUGGAGAUGCAGGACGUGGUGGCGGAGCUCCUGAAGAGCGUCCCGCGGGAGCAGCCGGCCGCCAAGGACCCCCUGCUCCGUGUCCAGGAGGUGCUGAAUGGCACGGAGGUGAACCUGCAGCACCUCACCGCCUUGGUGGACUGCCGCAGCCUGCACCUGGACUACAUGCAGGCCCUCACAGGCUUCUGCUAUGAUGGUGUCGAGGGCCUCAUCUACCUGGCUCUCUUCUCCUUUGUCACAGCCCUCAUGUUCAGCUCCAUCGUCUGCAGUGUCCCACACACCUGGCAGCAGAAGAGGGGCCCGGAUGAGGAUGGGGAGGAGGAGGCCGCCCCAGGGCCGAGGCAGGCACACGACAGCCUCUACCGCGUCCACAUGCCCAGCUUGUACAGCUGCGGCAGCAGCUAUGGCAGCGAGACCAGCAUCCCGGCCGCGGCACACACUGUCAGCAACGCCCCGGUCACCGAGUACAUGAGCCAGAAUGCCAAUUUCCAGAAUCCCCGCUGUGAGAACACCCCUCUCAUUGGGCGCGAGUCCCCGCCGCCUUCAUACACUUCCAGCAUGAGAGCCAAGUACCUCGCCACGAGCCAGCCUCGCCCCAACUCCAGCAGCAGCGGGCACUAGACCGCCCGACAGCCACCCGCCCCACGUGCCAAUCGCCCCGCUCCUCCCCGUGCCAGCCUUGCUGCUUACACCCGCGGCUGCCUGCCGCACCCUCCGCACCUACCCCGGGCCUGCUGCCGGCGCCUCUGUGGCCACUCGCCCCUCUCCUCCCCUUCCUGCAGGGGCACGGAGAUGCCUGGCAGGCUCCUGCUGGUGGCGACGCAGGGGCUCUGGGCCCGCACCCUCUCCUCGGGUCACACGCCUGGACACCUGAGGGUGCUGCUAGCGACACCCGGGCCCUCCUGGCCCCCAGCCCCACGCCCCUCUGCCUCCGAGGAUUCGGGGAUUUGCAGAGCCCUGCGCUGGGCCAGAUGCGUCGUGCUGGUGCUGCCCCUGCGGACGCCUGCAGUCUCCUCGGCUGGCAGCCGCCCCGCCCCCCCUCCCCCAGCCCUGACGCUUCUGUGCCUCACCUCUUGGUUCAUAGGCAGCACGCCGCUCCCCUGUGUGCUGGGCAUCUGGAGGGACGGCCGUGCGGACCCACCCGCCUGCUUGUCUCCCACGUGUGGAGACCCCCUUGUGGCGCCUUCACGUGCCUCUGCAGCAUCUAUAACGCCUUCCUUCCCUCGCCCCCCACCCCACCCCAGGCUCUCUACGUCGGGUCCCCACUGUCUCUGCUUCCCUCCCAGCAGCGCUCUCUCCCUCAGCACCCACCCAGCCUGUGGCACCCCGCCCUCCCUGGCGGCAGGAGACAGCAGGUGCCAUGCGGAGCCCAGGCUGCUCAUCGAGUGCUGGCCGCCCUCUUGGUGCCAAGACCCCCUCCCCCACCCCAGAGACUUGACAGCUUCAUCCGGGUCAUUUUUUGCACUAACCACAUUUGUCAUCUCUAGGGCAGGCGGGGUGGCGGGCCGAGUGGCACCCCCUUUGCGGUUCCCUUUCCAUCCAGGACAGGCACAGUGUCCCAGAGCCGGCUGGGGGGCUGGACCCGAGCUGGCUGUGAAUGUGCCCUCGGCCCCUGCUGCCCCUCUUGGGACUAACCACUGACCUCACUCCAGCCUCCGAGAGAGAGCACCCCUGGCCAACCCAAAGCCCGCAAGUGUGACGCCGAGUCCAGGCCGGAGUUGAGUCCCAGGAUAGCCGGCUGGGAGUCGGGCUGGAGAAGGUGUUUCUUCUCGUGGCGCUGCUGGGGGGUGUCGAAGACAGAGGCAGCCCAAGGGCCUGGAGACCCCUCCCUGGGCAGGCGCUGCGCCAGGGGACCGUGUCCUCAGGAAUGAAUGUCCCUUGGGCUGUAGGACUGAGGUCCCUGCGGCCUCAGUCUCUCUACCUGUGAAGUGGGAACAAGGCUUCCCUAAGGUGCUUUUGGCUUAGUGUACAAUGUUUGCUGUGUUUCCUGCCGCAGAUGGGGGUGCUACCCCCAAAUCAAGUUGGGAAGUCCCCUGCCAGUCCCAGCCCUGCCCAGCCAGCCUGAAGCAAGAGAGGCCAGGUGCAGGCUCUGCCCUGUGUCAGUCCAGGGGCAGCAGAGGGCCACUUGGCAGCCACACGAGGGCCCAGGCCGGGGCAGACAGCAGCCGGCCCGGCAGUUUACAGACAUGGGGGGCUCUUUCUCCCAGAGCGGCAGGGCACCCCUUCCCUAGGGUGGCCUGGAAGAGACCACCUUCCUCUGUGAUCCCUUCUUUGUGCUGGUAUCUGGGACCAAAAGCGUGGGUGGGCCUGGGACUAGGUCACGUCUCCCUUGCUCCUGCCCUGGAUGGGGUUGGGGGAGUGAGUGGGGAAACACGGGGGUGCCCCAGGUGGGCCUAAGGGCCCGCAGCCUCGCAUCUGAGCCCUUGCACACGGCCAAACCUCACUGAAAGGCACCUUGUGCUCCAGGCCCCCCGCUGUUCUGGACACGCACGCACGCACACACACACGCACGUGCCACAGCCCAACCGACCAGUUUUUCUCUGGGCUCCACCGCCUGGGCGGAGCAUUCCUGCUCGGCCUCGGAUCAGAGGGGAGGCGCCGGCUGUGCUGCCUAGGGCGCGCUCGGAAGCACAAAAGGCCGCCCGGCCCGCGGGGCCGCCGAAAUGUGAAUGUACAUAGUGUGAGAGCCGGGCGCCGCGCACCUGCGCCGCUCGGGGCCCCUCCGUGCGUGCGUCGUGUGCGUGUCUGCCCGCCCAUCUGUGACUCCGCCCAGUUCCUUCUACUCACUGAGGCGGAAGAAAGGAAAACGGAGGAGGUUAAAAGGGGUGCAAGACCAAGCCUCGGUCCUGGAGGGGGAGCACAUCCCGCCCUUGGUUUUCUUUUUGCUCUUUAAGUUUUCAGGCCGUUUCCUAACCAGUCCCGUCCCGGUGACUUACCCGCAUCUGCUCCCACCCCUGCACCUGUGGUUCUUGCCCCUCGCAGGCCCUGCAGCAUCUUGGGCGGUGGUCCUCUACCACGUGGAUGGGAGGGAGAGGCCCUGAGGCCCCUGACGAGCUAGGCGGGCAGGAGGGGUUUCAGUCCGGUCUCUCGCCGAUGGGGCUCCUUGUGCAGAUGCACGCUCCCCCCAGCUCCCCUGGCCUGGUGCGGUAGGGCCUGAUGGGAAGCCCUGAUCCUAUAUGCCCCUCCACACCCACCCCAUCUCACUAUGCAAUCCCAGUCCAAGCUCCAUUCCCUCCCUACCCCAGGACCCCCGCCCAGCCCGGGAGGGGUGCGUGGGUGGCAGCCCCAAAUGGGGGACGAGCGGGGACCAGGGCCUCUUGUGCGGGCUUUUUUUUUUUUUUUUUUUUUAACCAUAAUGGUUGUGUGCCGCACCACUUUAUAUUUGUUACAUAUAAUAUAUCUCUCAAAGUAAUUUUGUUAAGACUCCCGCUCCCAGGUUUCUCUCCUGGCCCUUGCAUCCCACCCACAAGGUGAUUUAGCGUCCUGAGCGGGGAACUGAGGCCUGAACCGCUUGGCAUUCUCCAACUUCCGUAGGGCCAUGGCUGUAUGUGCUGUCGCUGUGUUUCUGGGUUUUUCUGUUUGUUUUUGUUUUUUUAACUGGGUUUGGGGGUUGAUUUUUAUUUCUCUGGGGGCUUUAUUUUUCUUGGCAAAUACUAAAAAUCUCGUCAAUGUAAUUUCUGUGGUUUCUAUUCAGCUUGGGU